AUGGAUAUGAUAACCGUUGGUACAUUGAAGGAAUUCUAUGAUGACUGGUAUGCGGAGCUGAUUCCUUAUAUGCGUGGCUGCAUCUAUCUUCUCCAGAUCGACAGUAAAUUGAGAAAAAUCAGCGGGAUAUUUGAUUUCAGCCAGAUGAGUCCUCUGGACGACAUUAUUGUUGAUAUGGCUAAACGGUGGCAAAGAGGAGAAAGACUUCAGGCGUGUGACUGGCUGAUGUACUUGCGGCCGUACCUUGGAGACCACUCCCGGGAAUUCCACGCCAUGCUGAGAGGCGCAGUAACUGAUCUAAAUGAUGUCGUUAUAGUCCACAAGGAUUGGUUUUUGACUUCAUCAUUGCAAGAAAUCUUGGAUUUCGGGCUCGGUAAGUCGAGUAUUAAUACGCGCGUCGUUUCUGGUAUUGUGCAAGGCUCGAGAGCCGUCAUCGCCGGCCUCAAGAACGGAGAUCAGAUACUGUCUACAUCGCGAGCAAGUUUUUGUGCUAUGUCGCUUAGCGCAAAUUUUGAGAUUGUUAUCGAGAGAUCCUGCAAGAAAGUACACAUCUCGUACUGGCCACGCUCGUUCUCGAAGGCGGAGGUCUUUCACUUGGCAAGUGUACCGAAUGAGGAACAUCGCAUAUGA